AUGGCCACACCUUCAAUUUCCAUUCACAUCACUUCUCUUUCUCCAAAUCAUGGUUGGGGGACUAUAUCCAAUCAAGUAGUUAUUCAAAUGUCAUCACUUAUUGAUACUCCAAGAAAGAAUAUAAAAAAGAUCUGUAAGGUAAUUACUAGCUUCAAAACAAAGCAACAAAAGGAGUUAUCAACAACCUCAAAGAAUAUCAAGAAAAUCUACAAGGUAAUGCAUAGCUACCUUAAGAAAAUGAAGAGGCCAGAGGAUGAAAAAUGCUUGUGGAAGAAGACCAUAUUAAUGGGAGAGAAGUGUCAACCAUUGGAAUUUUCAGGUGCAAUAUUUUAUGAUAGUGAAGGGAAUCAACUUUCUGAGCCUCCAAAGAUACCAAGGAAAAGCCCUUUAAUCAACUAA